AUGAAAAGCAGUUCCAAGAAGGAAGAUAUUAAUGUGAAAAAGAAAUAUGUCUUUUUUUCUGAUCCUGAUAUUGUUGUUCAACGUGCUGAAACAUCUGCAGCGCAAGAUUAUAUUGCCAAGCAAAUAUCUAAAGACCAAUCAUCUCAUUUGUCAGUUGAAUUGGACUUGAAAGGUUUAGAAAAUUUAUUAUCAUAUCAUGCUGUUCAGUCAUACCCUUUCACAUUUAUAAGUGCUGUAAAGCGAAAACUUGCUUUAGAUGAUGGUUCUGAAAUCUGUAGAAAGACACAUGAACCAAAUAAUAAAAAUGCAGCUGAAUCUGUAAUGGUAUUAAAAUCUGAUAGUAUUCAGAAUUUACAUGAGGUCGUACAAAAAAUGGAUUUUAUAAGACCUUUAAAAGUUCCAGACUUGAAAAUUUCUGCAAAGAAAUUAGAUUUCUCUAAUAGAGAAAAUUGUGCAUCAAAAGAAUUAAUAUCACCAAAAUUUGAAACACCUUCAAAGGAGCUAAUUCAUGAAAGAGUAGAUAAACCAAUAAAAAGUUUUGAGCGAGUUCAAAGAAGACUAGAUUUUUCAACAUCAGAUGUAUCAUCAACUAUUAACAGUGAAAUAGAGCCACUGAAGGUGCCAAAUAUUUCUAUAUCUUCAAAUUUAUCAAAGAAGAAAGAAUAUGUUAGAGAAAAUUCUAGAGAAAAGGAAAACAGGUCUAAGAGAAUUAGAAAAGAUGAUUCUUUAUUCUCUAAACAGGAUGAGAUAACACAAUUCUUUUCUAAAAGAUCUAGGAGUCCCAGACAUGUUUCUAGGAAAGAUUUUUCUAAUAAUGUUAGUGAAAAUGUAUUAACUGGAAAAUUAAAAAAUGAUAGAUUGCCAUUUCAUAUGCCAAGGGAAAGUGAUUUUGUUCCAUCAAAACCAAAAACAAAAAAUUUUGCAACAUCAACUACUAAAAAAGUUAGAGAUAAAAGGCAUAGAUCUAUUAAUACUAGAUCGUUAAAAUCAAGAGAUACCUCUUUAGAAUCUAAGAAUAGAUCUUAUAGUAAUGAAUCACUUUGGGAACAAUGUACGAAAAUACCAGACAAAGUUACAGUCAGAGAGUCUAGGAAUAUGUUCGAAAAUUUUGAUUAUAGAUAUAAAGAUGAUUUAUAUAUGUUAAAGCAAGUGGAUCAUCAGAAACAUGUAUUUUCAUCAGAGAAUAGGCAAAUUAGACAGCAUAAGAUGACAUGUCAAUCUCAAGGAAAAACAGGAAGUCCACUGUUUAAGGAACAAAGUAAGAGGUCUGAAAAAGUAAAACCUUCAACAAGUAAAAUGGAUAACAAAAUGUACAUAAUGAACUCCAAGGAGUCUGAAGGUGUAGAAAGUGUAACAGAUUCGAAUGUAAGUGUAAGAACUCAUAGUCCAAGUACUAUUUCCACACAGCAAAUAAAAAACAAAGAUUCUGAAAAAGUUGUACAAAGUAUUAAUGUAGGUAAAUCAAAUAAAACGACUGAAGAUUCAAAAUAUACAGAUGAUUCUUUAACACAGUGCACUAGCGUGAACACAAAAAAAGAAGAAGAAUCAUUUACACAGAGUAUUGCUACUACAGUUAAGCAAACGAGUAAUAGCAAUGAAUCGAAUUUAAAUGAUAGUGUAUUGUCAAAUGCAUUAUUAGAUCCAAGAAAAAUUUCAUUCAGAGAUGAAAAUCGUUCCCAACAAGAGGAAUUUUGUGAUUUAAUAACACCAGAUAUGAAUCUUAUGCCUCGAUCUAGACGAAAAAGGCAAUUUAUACAAAACAGUAAUAUAGAAGCUGAUUCUAAGUGUUCAAAGCAUAUAGGUAAAACUGAUUUAGAACAAGAAAGCAUUCCAUUGUUACAUCCAACUGCCUUACAUAUGCAAUUUCAAGCUGAAUUGCAUCUUCUUGAUUCUUUUAAUGAAUCAUUGAGACAGGUCAUGGAAGUUGAACAAUGUUUAUACAAUGUUAAACAAGAUCAAGAAAAAGAGUUACCAUUACAGCAUAGUCAGUCAAGUGAUCCAGUAAAAUCGCAUUUUUCUAAAGCGGUAGAUGAAAGAAGCAUUGAUGAUGUAGAACACUGCAAUGAGACAAGUAAAUUGCACAAACUUGUUAGUACUGAUAAAGCAUUUUCAAAUCACACAGUACAUCAUACUACAAGUCAAACUAUGGCAAAUGAGUUUGAUAAUCUAAAUAAAAUAACUAAACCAGCAGUUAAGGCUGUAGAAGUACAAACUCAAACAGUGAAUGAUAUGGCAACACAAACGGAUAUACGUUCAACUCGACGAAAUAUACAGAGUAGAUGUUCAGAAAUAUGUGGAAUACCGUAUGAACGAGGAUUCGUUGGCGAUAGUGAAGUCCCACAUCUCUCUUUAGAUUCUGUGGAACAAUUUGAAGAUUUAGAUCAAAUAGAAGAAAUAUCGUUGCCCAGUAAAUUAAGAACAAUGUCGGAAAUAAGUUUACACGAAACCACGUCAUCUAUACGAACAGAAACUGGUACUGAGAUCAGCAUUUCUACUCGGGAUGUAACUUGUUCUUUCAAUAAAUAUUUAGAUCUAGAGAUUGCACAGUUAAUACAGGAUGAGAAAGAGAGAAACGAUAAAAUCGAGAUGUUAUUUAAAUCUCGUGAAAAGACGUUAAAUGAUCGAACUAAAAAAUUAGUGAAAUUAGAGGAGCAGAAACGAGCAUUAAGGGAUACUGGCCAAGAUAGUCGUGUUAGCUCUGUGAAAAAGAAGCAAAGAGCUUUGUUGUUAAAGUUACAACAAGAAAAAGAUGAAAUGAAUAGAUUGAAAGAACUUCACAAAAUUGCAAGUCAAGAACGCAAGCUUAUGUUGCAAAAGCAAAGAAAUAUGUUCAACCCUCAAAUGUCUACUAAAAAUAUUUUAACAAAACUAAAAAGAAGCGCGGAUAGUCAAUCCCCACGAAGAUUAUCUGGUCCGAUGAAGGGUUACGAUAUAAGAAGUAACAGUUCUAUGAGUUCUUUAGUCGAUUCUGAUAAAUCUCAGCAUGAUCGAUCUCAAACAGACGCGCGUAUGCAAAUGUCAGAAAACGAGUUGCACUUCUCGAAAACUGAUCUGCCGAAAAGUAAUAAAUUUACGAAUUUCGUCGAGGAACCUAAUGCUGCGUUUUUACGGUUCGACAAAUCUAACGAAGCUAUGCAGGGUAAUAUACCCCAAGAAAAGUGUCCUUAUAAAACGCAGAAAGAUGGAAUUAAAUCCAAGUAUGAGAUAAAGUCGAGAAAAUUCGAGGAAAAGAUGCCUAGAACAGACGUUAUAAGACUGAAGUCACAUCAACACUCGGUUGAUCCAAAAUUAAUAUCGAAUCAUUCCAUGAGCAUUCCUGGGAAAAAUCUUUUCGAGAAAGAAAAGUCUCCCAACAUAUCUGAAUUAUUGCAACAAAAUUUAAAUAAAUCUAUCUCUGAACUGGCUAAAUCAGAGUCCGAUACCGUGGUGGAAGAAUUGUCGAAAAAGUCAAAACCCUCUCAGGUAAUUGAUAAUCAUUUUCAGAGUAUUGUAUCACCAAGAGAAUCUUUGAAACCUACUGCCAUGAAUAGCGAAAUCGUGUCCGAAGAAGUAAGUUCCGCCAGUCAAGACACCGUGUCAAAAACGUCCAUAUCGUCUCAGGUCUCUGAGGAUAUUUUACAAACACAUUCAAAAAGUUCUAAAAGAAACAGCAAGUCAAUUCCGACUGAUAUGUCUAAAAAGACUCAAUACAGUUCCGAAUCCAAGUCAAAUUUCAAACGUAGAAGCUUGAAGUGUCAGAAAAGUAAAUCAUCGUCCAGUAUACUUACAGAGAAUAUAUUACGCUCCAAAUCUAACUCUCAAAUGUCGGAAGAGUUUAUCAAGCAUCAUAAUAAACGAACAAAAAUGGAAAAGGAGUUAAUUCAACUCGACAAGAACGACGAGAAUGCGCUUAUGGACAAGCACCCGAAAGACAAGAAUUUAAAAUUACUGACAGACAGAAUAGACGAUUACGACAGCAAAGAAAACGUGUUGUGUCAGAAGAUGUCGGACAAAAAUGUGGAGGCCUACGAGAAUUCCUUUCGCAGUUCGGACAAAAACGCGCACAACUUCGACAACGCGCCCAUGAAACCUCAAAUUAGUAAUUUCGCCAUUUCUCAUCACAGUUCCGGAGAAAGUGACAUAAAUUACUCGAAAUCCGUGGUCGUCAGGUCGCAGGAUCAUAAUUUGAAAACAUCCAAAAAGCUCGAACAAAUUCUGAACGCACGUGAAGCUGCGCUCACUUCGCGCAAAAAUUGUGUGGAAGAAUGGAUGGCUUGGCAUGCAAAAUUAAGAACGGAAGAAGAUCGUGUUGCACGAAUGGAACAAGCUGCACUGAAACUUGUGACAGCAACGUCCAACGUUUUCUCUCAACAAGAGAAGAGCGUGUAUCAUUUUAUAGACACCACUGUUUCAUCCGACACGAGCGACAUUGAAGGAAGAAUAGAGUUGCUAACAGAGAAAUUAGCCGAGAGGCGAAUAGAGAUGUCACGGUUGAAGAGGGAAGCCAGAAAGCAGACGAAGCAGAAACUUCGGGCUUUGGAAGCGAAUUUGUUGAAUCAAAUUAAGAAAUAUGAUACGACUAUUUAUGAAAUGCGCAAGAAAUUGGAGUUGAAAAAGGGAGCUUCUAGAGACAGUGAUAAAUUAGCGAUAGAAUCAAGAUCGUUGGCAGACUUUAAAGUACCUGAGAUUCCCUUGAAGAAAAUACAAGAUAUAUUUAAGAAUAGCGAUUUAUUGAGAUCCAGGUCAGAAUCCGAUUUAUUCACCACGAGAAGAUUACUGGUAAAGGAUCCCACGAUGCAUAUUAAUUUAUUACGAGGCGAAACCGUCGAAGCUGAGUAUGAUAAAAAUCAUUUAGAGAGAAUGAUCAAGUCUUCUAGAAGCGUAAGAACUUCGGAGCAAUUGAGCUCCGCAAAAAUGAGCACGGUUAAUCGCAGUGCUCAGUCUGUUUUCGACGAGAGUAUAUCGGAACAGAUUGAAGUCGAUAAAAUUGGUUCUGCCUCGAUGUCAUCAGUUUCAGAUGAAAUACGCUCUGAGAAGAAUCUUCCUUAUGGAACUAGACACUACAUCGAUGAGAUACAAAGCAGACAAAGUCUAUCCGAAGCAAAGAAAAGUAGCAUCUCUGGAGAUGUUAAAACCGAAAUCAGCGCAUCGAAAUCUGAAACAGAGAUACUCACACAAUCGGAAACUAACCGUUCUAAAAAUGAAAUUACCAUUCAGUCGGAUUUGAAGGAAUACAAAUCUGAUUUUGACACGUUCUCCGAACAGUCUCGAACUAGAACCAUUUCGUCGCAAUCUGGAGGUAAUGAGGCUAAACGUAUCGAGUACUCGCAUAUUUCUUCGAGAGGAUCCAACGAUGCUCAAAGUUCCGGUGAGGAAAUCAACACUGAAUCUGCCAACGUGACUGACUUUUCUAAAAAAGUGGACUUCUUACGUUUGAAUAAUCAGAACUUAAAUGAGGAUAUAAGCUCGUUGGAAAAUGAGCUGAAAAUACUAUCAGAGAUGAUGAUGACGCGUUUUAAUAAAAAGCCAAACGAAGAGACAAAGUAUGAGUUACAAAAUAAGGAGAAAAGUACGUCGAAAGAUAUAUCAGAGAUACUUUCAAAAACGGAGAAGGACGAUGAAGUUUAUGAGGUGGAGAUUAUGGAAGAGGAUAAGGGCAAAGAUGCUGUAUCAAAUCAAAAGGACACCGAUUCUGACGUUUCGCAGUAUUUGACGAACGAUAUAAAGUUAAAAUCACUCAGUAACCUUAAUAACAAUAAGAGUAUAACGGAAGGAGUUGACAAUGUUAUGUCCGCUAUAAUACAACAAAAUAAAGUGUCUCUUUCGAAUAGUCAAGAAAUUGAUUAUAAGGCAAGAAGCAAGGAAAUUUUGAACGAAAUCGAGAAAUCCAUAAUAUCAGAACACAUUAAGGUUAUUGAGAAUGAUCCAAGUCGUUCUCAAGUGAUGAUCGAGAAUAACAAUUUAAGUCUGUAUGAGAAAAAUGAAAAAAUAUCGAAUGGAACUUCUGCAGGAACUAAUAUUAGAUCGUUAUCUGAAAUUCACACAAAAACGAUACAGGAUAAGGAAAGCAUAAGCACCGAGGGAUCUGAAAUCUUAUAUUCUCCCGAAGAAAAUGUCGAAGAAAAUUAUGCUGAUUCACAUAAUUUUGAAAGUCAUAAUUCAUUAGAGUCAAGUAAAGGUACUUUGAUACCAUCAGAAAAAUCUAACUUACUUGAAAAAGAUGAUAAAUCUUCGAAUCAGUAUACAGAUAUUGAUCACAGUUCGAUAAUAAACGAUGUACUUAUUGCACAAACUCACUCAGAGAAGAGUGACGUAACUUCUAAACAAUUUUCGCACAGUGUUGCAAAGCAGGCGAUAAUUACAGAAUACGUUAAUAAAAUAUUGAAACAGCAAAUUUCUCCGCAUUCGUCGAGUUCAAUUAAAACAAUUGAGAGUUUCAAAGAAUUAACAGAUUGUGCAAAAGAAGCAGAAAAUGAUAAAUUCCAAGGUAUAAAUGAUGCGUGUCCGACUUCAAUAGCACAGGACUUUGAAUUGCUGUCGAAUAAAUCCAGAGAGUUCAACGAUAAUAACACACUUGAUCAUGCUGUAAGCAUUAACAGAAAAGAAAUUAGUAAAGAUGAGAGUCAGGUACAAGAAGCUUUUGUGAAUGAAACUACUUUCAAUAAAGACGACUGGACCAUAUCGGAUUCGUUUGAUAUUCAACAAGAUGUUGCUAAUUCUGCAUUAGAGAAAUCACCAAUUCAGAAUUCUAAGUUAUUCAAUGAUGACUCAAGCAUAUUCCUACAUACAAAAGAUAUAUCUCAUUCAGAUGACUCUAAAGAUGAAAUUCUUAGAAGAAACACGAUUGAUGAUGUGGGUGAUGCAUCUCUAUUUAUUCCAAAAUGUGAAUCCACAAAUAUCGAUAUUCGUGGAACGAAAUUUGAUGAAACAGUAUCAGAUUCUCGUAUUGAAAAGACUGAUGAAAAAAUUGAGGAUAUAUUGGAUAUAAUAGCUAGAGACAAUGACAAAGAACAGAACGAGGAAGAAAAUAUACACAGUAUAGAAAGUGAUGAAUUCCAAAGGGCUAUUUAUGAUUCUGUAACUAAAAUAUUGGAUAAAGUUGAAAAAAGUAUCGAGGACAGUUCAAUCAGAGAAAAAAUCGAAAUCCACUCAGAUGUUAUAGGGAAUAAGAACGAAAUAAAAACAGUAGAAGCAUUAGAUGAAGAAAGAAAAUCAGUUUCAAGUAGCCUUAAUUUACAAGAUAAAUCAGUAGAAGAAAAUGAAGUGAAACUGGAUGAAGCUGGUAAAGAAACUGUUUCCCUGAACAUCGGUAGCGAUAAGAAUAUCAAUGAAGAUAAAACAACUAAUAAAGUUCAUACUGAAUCUGUUAUAGACGUAGAUGUACAUGUCGAGGUUAAAGAUGAUGAGGAUACGUGUCACAGUGAAACGAAAUCUCGAGAAAUUGUUAUAACAGAGUUAGAACCGGGAAGUGUAGAAAGCGAGAGUUUAUCAGAGCUUGAGAUUGACGUUAAAAUAGAAUUAGCAGAGGAGGAACCCAUAGAUGCAAAUAAAGGCAAGGACACAGUGGAGACACAAGAAGAGGACGUAACUGAAGAGCAAAUAUGUUUGGAGCCCCUAAUAGAACAAGAUAGUUCGGAUGGCGAACAACUUGACAAUUUAGUCGAAGUGACUGAAAGUAGAUUGGACAUCAUAGAAAAGGAAGUUAAGCGUUCUAUAGAUUCUGUUACUGAACCAGAAUCGAUAUCACACGAUAAAACAGAUACUCAAGCAAUCGAAGUUCGAGAAAGUGAAGCACAGAGCCAAGAAAAUGCAACACAUUCUAUGAUUGUAAAUGACGUUAAGACAGCAGAAAAUACUGAACUAGUGGCAUCCAAUGUAUCGCCACAUGUAGUGAAUAAAACAUUUGAUAUUUUGAAGGAUCCUGAAUAUGAAGAUAUCUCGGAAGAAAGUCUUGAAGUCUCUGAAAUCUUUGAUAAAAUUGAACUUCAGAAAUCUACUACCGUACAAAAGUCAUCUUAUGUACCAGAAAGAUACGAAGCGAUACAGAAGUCGGAAGAGGUGCUGAAGAUACUCGAUGAAAUUACGCAAAAAUCUUUGACAAGUUCCGAUAUUAAUACAAAUAAAUUUCAAGACAAUAAGCACUUUUCUGAAGAUAGAGAAAAGUCACAAACAGAACUUUCUAAUAAAGAUAGCAUUGUAUUUUCAAAUGUUGAUGCUCAUUUUGUGGAAGAUAUUAAUAAGAAAAAUGAACAGCUACUGGUAGAUAAUUUAGAAGAUGAACAAUGUAAGGCAAUAGUACCAGAAGGAGAACAUCAAUUAAUAGAAACGAUAAUUAGUUCAAAUGCAACCGAAGAAAGAGAGAAGCAGGAACAGGAUGUGUUAUCUGAGUCAAGCGAAGACAGAGAUACGCCAAAAGGAGUAUCGGAAAUUGAGAUGGAUUCUCCCAGAGAUCCUAAUGAUUCGAGAUUGGACCUUGAUGCAUUAAACGAUGAUUUGCUGAGCAAUGCUAAUGUGGAUAAUCAAAGCGUAGAUUCGAAGAACACAUUCCAUGCUACACCCAUUGUUGCAACAUCUGAAAAGGAUAUAGAGGUCAUGAUAGACAAGUUGAAAGCAUCAUUGGAGCAACCUGGCGUCGAAGUUGCAGAUUGGGAAGCGAAACUGCUUCGCAUUGAACAACUACAGAUCGAGUUAGAGAUUAAGAAAUUGGAGGCAGAAGAGGUAUCUUACUACGUUAGAGAAAUACCUAACAAACCACCGCCUCCUUACACACCACCCGGUGGUGGUGCUAGAAUUUCAACAUCUCUUGGGUCACCUUCUCCCCCUCCAGCCGUAAUUCCUUCGAACAUAGAAGAAUUGACGGCGUUCACCGAAAAAGCCACGGCGAUAAUAUUUAAAGCCAAAGAGGCUGGAGAAGACAUUAUGAGCUUGGAAGCUCCUCCCGAAAUCUGCGAAUUAACCAAAGAGAACGACGAGACUGUGAAGAAGGACAGAAGAAUCUACAACACAUUCCUCUUUGAUCUGUGCAAAGAAACGAUCGCAGAGGUUUAUCAGGCCGAAUAUGAGAAGCCAGGUCCUAGUUGGACAAAGCCAAACGUGAAAACAAAACCUAUAAUGAAAGUCCCUAGAAAUAUAGAAGAGCUUAACGCCUAUGUGAAUAAAGAAGUGGCCACGUUGUUCGGCUUUAAGACGAGAUUACAACGGGAAAACAUGGUAAUGCGUUGGAGUAGAAAACGAAGAGACAGGGUCGAUGAAUUGUUAGCUAGGGAAGCCCAAGCUGAGGAAGAUGAAUGGACGAAAUUCCAUCACGAUGAACUUGCAGUAAAGAACGGUCUUACUGUAACUAUAUUGGAUACUCUGCUAAUGGAGACUGUGAACGUAGUUAAAGUGGCGUACGCGAAGAAAAGAAAAGUAAUGGUUUAGUUCUUUUUUUUUCCUUUUUUUACAA